AAAAUGGAUAUAAAAACCAAACAACGAGAUUACGAACAACAAGACGCGGAAGCUAUGGGCACUGAAGAAGACGAUCUCGAUCUUCUCCUUUCUCUCCAAGAUAAAGUCCUUGAAACUCCUCCUGGAACUCCGCCUCAUACCUCAGACCUUCUAUCUGACGAUGAAUCACCAAGACGAGCAGGUCCGGCGGAUAUGUCUAUCUUUAGAAACGCUGUCAAAGACUGCCUUGAUUAUGACCACAUACCGACUGAAAAAAAUGGAAAAACGAACCGGUCUAAGGCCUCUAAUGAUGUUUCAAUCGAGAAGUUUUCUGGUUUGCGAAUGAGGAAUCAAGUUGUAGCACCUGCAGAGCUUCGUGAUCGUUUUUCUGAUAUUCGCUUUGUUCGUUUGUCAACCAUAAAGAAUAUGUUGAUCGGGGACACCCUUUCAGGCUGUUGGGUAACUGUCGGAGUGUUGACUGAGAAAGGAAGUCCAAAGACAAGCUCUACUGGGAAAGCUUACUGCAUCUGGAAACUUAGUUGUUUGGAUGAAAACACUGUUUCUGUUUUCUUAUUUGGUGACGCUUAUAAAAGAAAUUGCAAGGAGCUGGCUGGAACAGUUUUUGCCCUUUUUAACUCUACAGUACGAAAGGAUGCAACGGGCAUGGGAUUUUCUUUAAGUGUUUAUCAACCAAACCAGUUGUUAAUGAUGGGCACUUCAGAUGACUAUGGAGUAUGCAAGGGGAAGAAGGAUGGGAUUGCUUGUACAGCAGUAAUAAAUAGGCGACGUGGUAUAUACUGUAAAUACCACAAAUCAAAGGCAUCAGAAAAAUAUUCCACAACCACACGAACUGAGCUCAAAGGAGGGAAUCUGAGGACUGCAUUCAGAGAUUAUCAUCAUAAGCCAGAGGGAGUUUACAUGGUAGAUCCGCUAGCUGGUAAAGUGACUUCUAAGAAGCCAACACAGCCGAUUAAACUGUUGUCUGUGGAAGGCCUGAAAAGGGCAUUGAGCAAUGCAGAUAAAGUAACCACCAACGCACACUCGCAAGGGAAAAGAUUCCUCGCUGAGAUAACAGGGAAAUUGACUAGCCAAAGUGUAAAUAAAGAAUCAACCAAAAGAAGUCAGCAGAGAAUCAAUUCAGAAAAGACAUCAAUUUUGAAGUCGACAGUUGAAAACCAACAACCAGACCCAAAAAGAAAGAAAACUGACCAUACUCCGGCAAACAAAACCACUAAAGAUAUCGGGAAGAUGAUAGAGUUAGAUUAUGUUAGCUCAGAAGAUGACGAUGAUGAUAUCAACCUUAUAUUCGGCAGAUAAAUUAAUUAAAGUUAGAGCUUUACAACCAGAGCUAAUCUAAUAAUGAUCAAGUCUCGACGACUAUAGUUUAAAAGGAAUCCUUGCUCAUUGUGGUUUGAGAGGAGAUGUGGUAUUGAUUCAUGGACUACUGCAGCAAGAACAAAGUUUUGUUUAUAUUGAAAUGGGAGGAACUCGAUUUUGCUUAUUUGAGGCCAUUUUUUAGCUUCCCCUUUUGUUUGCUUUGCAUAAUGAGUUUGUGGUUUUACACAGCUUGGUGCCAGAUGGCUGAAUGCAAAGCUCUAAUUGUUGAUAUAAAACAAGGGGGGAGAAAUAGUCAUCCACAUCUCUUUUUAAAUCUACUAUGGUACUUUUUCAUCCUAAAUUUGGUCCUCUAAAAUGAAAAGGGAUGGAUCAAAAUUGUUACUUUUUUGGAUCAGAGCAUUCCAAUUUAUAUCUCUAAAUCUAAUCUAGGUUGUAUCCAUAAAUUUAUUAAUUUAAAUCUUGAAUUAUUUUAUGCUCUC